AUUGAUGGAUUGAAUGAACUUCAGUACUCUCAUGCGCCUACUUCCCGGACAAAUUUCAAAGAAUUGACAAUACUUCACCAAUCCGUGAAUGAAAACAUUAGGCAGUAGUUGGUAUCUUUGCUCAGGACACUCAGUACACCACCUCGAAUUUUCUGUGCGAUUUGAUUUAUUGAGAAUCUUUCGAAGUCUGAAGAAUUGAUUGAUGCAUCGGACUGAAAUUGAGAAACGACCAUCGGACUUUGCGGGAUGAUAAGAAUUCUCGGUGCACAGUUGUAUAGGGAGCUGAUUUCGUCUGCUCAUAUCAGCUCUUUAUGAGACGGAUUUUGAAGGUCUAGAACAAUGGAUUUGCAGCGUUGGCCUGUGGUUGAGCCGUUGCUGCCCCACCUAGUAGCAGCUGCGAAGGCGGGUCAUGGUAAGCAUGUGCUGGAAUUUUUUCUGAGAAGAAUUUACAACAGCGAUGGAGAAAUCAAUUCUGUGGUGGAAUCUUGUGCUCCGAUUGCGUUGGAAGAAAUUCGCUCCGAUUCUCGACCCUUCGAAGGCCUUCCUCUCCUGGUCAAAGAUAACUUGCAUUUGGAGGGAUUCCACACUGUUUGUGGAAGUUCAGUUUUUGCCAACAAUCCAGUAGCAGCUCGCGACAGCAAAUUCGUGGCAACUCUUCGAGAACUUGGAGCUAUUCCAAUAGGAAAAACAAAUGUCCCUGCUUUCUGUUUGGAUCUUCAAACGUUCAAUGAUGUGUAUGGAACGACAAAAAAUCCAUACAAUGCUCAACUCACCGUGGGAGGCAGUUCUGGAGGAUCUGCCGCUGCUGUUGCAAUGAGUUUGGCUCCGUUUGCAAUUGGAAACGACUUGAAUGGAAGUCUCCGAAUACCUGCUUCCUUUUGUGGAGUAUGUAGCUUCCACGCCUCUAGAGGAGUUUUGACAAUUCAUCAAGAAGAUAUCUUUCCACGUGCACGCCACAUUGUUGAUCCAGAAGUUCUUGGGUCUAUUCUCACCGAAGGAUUAUUCACGACGAAUGUUGCCGACCUCCAGUUCUGUAUGCGACCGCUGCUGCACAGUUCAAUUAAGCAACCACACGAAGCUUUCAUGAAAAGACUGCCGCAGAAACGACGUCAAGAAGUAUUGCUGGGAGUAGUGACCUCCUACUCCAGGAUGUUGUUGGACCAUCGAAUUGACGAGGCAAUGAAGAAAAUUCCAUCGUGGUUAGAAGAAGCUCCACAAAAUGUAGGAACAACAAAAUUGGUCGCUCGAAUAGCCAGCGAUUUUGUUUUGGACGGCAAGACAACCCACAAAGCAACACGGAUAUUCAGCGACGCCGCUGCAACGGCAAAGUAUGACUUCAAAAAAUUGGAAGAGGCCAGAUCUAUCCAGGACAUGAGCUCGGCUGCUGUUCAGAAGUAUUUUGAAACCACGGGCUUCUCAGCCCUGAUCAUGCCAGUUUGUGCAGUUCUUCCACCUGAACACAAUCCUAACCAGAACCCAGUAGUCAUCAACGACGUGGAAGUGCCAUACUUUAUAGGCAUGGCGUGCUAUGUUGAACCAGUCAAAAUAUCUGGAUGCCCAGUUGUUACUAUGCCGCUGUGCCUCAUCGAUGGACGACCCUGCGGUGUACAGGUUGUCGGGAGAAUGGGAUGCGACGAGGAGUUGCUAAGCCUUUGUGUAGAGCUAGAACGACAUCUUGCUUCUGCGGAAGCCCGCCAUACUCAUCCACUCAAGUUUCCUUCACUGGCUGAUUUCCCAUGUUAAUGUCUUUCACAGGUAAUCUCUGUUGUGAGUAGGACCCAUGUACCGUUCUGGUUUCAUCCCUAUUCGACUUGAUAGGUAUCUCCAUCCUCUUUUCUAUAACCAAGUGCCCGCUUUAAUAACCUCAUUCACAGGUAUUGUGUCGGUAAUCCCUUUCCUUUCAUUAACAGGACGCCUUUUAAAAAAUUCUUCUCUACUGAUUCUUCUCGCUCCAAGUCUAGGUUAUGAAGGUAAAUUUUUUUUUUCAGUCCAUUAAUAAGGAUUAAUAAGGUCUUCAAAUGGAAUUCAGAUCACCAUGGAAAUUAGUACAGGAACUAUUCAGGAUACGGUAAUUGUAGUACCUAUUACAGUCGUGUUUAUCUCACAACUAGAAUAUUCUGAGAAAUAUCUCCAUAGGUGGGGAUAGCAAAGACUAUCAGGCCUCGUUGCCAACAUGUGGACACAGGUCCGAUGGAUAUCAGUUAUCUUUCAGUGAAACUUGGUAGAGCUCUCGUUACAGUCAGCGAUGAUGAGCAGUCAUGUAAUAGAAACAUCCGUUAAUAUUUAAUGUAAGUGCCACAUUACUCU